AUGAUGGGACUGAAGGGAAUGAGACUAACUACUCUGAAUUUGUCAGUGACCUUCAAGAUACGUUAGAAACUGCAAAUAGGGAUGUGAGGCAAAGUCUUUUAAGAAGCUCAGCAUUGGCAGAAAGAUGUAUCUGAUAAGUGCCUGAGACCCAUGGUGUUUCAAGCUGGAGAGGUCCUGGGGAUGCUCCUGAAGGUAAGACCAAGGCUCCUGAGUGGGUACUGCCAGCAUCUGGUGAGGUGCAGUCAAUGAAGCGUAGUACAGCGUUUAGUUGAUCAGAACAGGUUAUCAAAAUUGGGGCAAAUGAUGAGCUUCCCGACAAGGUUGCCAAGGUGCCAUGCAAUAGUGAGUAUUGGUCCUGCCCUGCUGAUCUAGCUCCAGUAGGAGAACUUGAACAUGGUGGUGAAUGUGAUCUGGGAGUACAUAUAUCGGAUUCAGAGGGAGGUGAACUGGCAGAAGAUUUUCAAAAUGGUGAGACGAGCCGGGAGGAGACAAGAGACGACAAACAUGAGGCCAAAGGUGAUUAUCAGAGCAUCAAAGGUAAUUAUCGAGGUUGGGGCCUAUGAUGAGCUUCCCAGCGACGUUUUUAACUUACCAGACGAGAGUGAAUAUCGGUGCUGCCUUGCUGAUAUGGUUCCAGCCGGAUGACUCAAACGCGGUGGUGUAUGUGAUAAGGGAGUAAAUACAGAUCCAAUAACGAGGGAGGUGGACUUGCAGAAGAUGUUCAAAACAGAGAGACAAGCAGGGAGGAGGCAACAGAAGACGAAUACAAGGCCAUACAAGAACAGCCAACUGGUCAGAGCCAAAGUAUUCAAGAGCCAACCUAGGUCGCUGGUGGAGGCCGUUUGUACUGUUCAUCAAUUAGAAAGUGCGCAUAAAGCUUGUCCGGUGGUGGCAUCUGUUGAGAAGAAAAAGUCUGUGAAUGUUGUGAGUGCUUCAGCAGACAGUGAGAACCUUUUGUCUGAGAUUUCAGAACUUGAGGAACUUGCUCUCUUUUUAUAUAGCAAGCAAAAGUGAACAAUAG